CUUCUUGCACAGAGUUGGGCGUGUGGGACGAGCGGGCCAAAGUGGCACAGCCUAUAGUCUGAUUUGUCCUGAUGAAAUGCCUUAUGUCUAUGACCUCCACCUCUUCCUAGGGCGACCAGUUCAGUUUGCUUCACCUGAACACACACAAGAUUCAGAAGGUGUGUUUGGUCGAGUCCCUCAGAGGAUCUUGGAUGAUGAAAGUGCUCAUGUGAUCACGUCUCAUGAAAACUCGCUGGACCUGCAAAAUCUGCUCCGUGUCUCAGAGAAUGCCUACAAGCAGUACCUCAAGUCGCGGUCAAACCCCUUGCCGGAGUCCAUCAGACGGGUUAAAAACGUAGUAAAACACCAGCCAGUGAGGUGAUGCGUGCCAAACGCUCUAAAGACACUCGGCUAGUGGACAAAUUCAGCAAGCAGAGAGAGGACCGAGCUGCAGAAAGCAGGCUGCAGCAGCCAAUCAACCCCACCACUACUGCUGACUGUGACAUCACAGAAAAGGAGGAGAGUGAUCUAAAUGGGGUGUUUUCAGAGGUGGUAGGUGGUAAAAGAAGAGGUCAGCAGGAAGAUGGUGAAGAACGACCAAAGACCAAGAAAAAAAGGCAGUCAGGCAAAGAUGAAGAGUAUUAUAUCCCUUACAGACCUAAAGACUUUGACUCUGAGAGAGGGUUGAGUCUCGGUGGAGAGGGCAGUGCUUUUGAACAGCAGGCCUCUUCAGCUGUCCUUGAUCUCAUGGGAGAUGAAGGCGAUCGCCUUAACCAGCAGAAAAAAAUGAUGAAAUGGGACCAUAAGAAGAAGCGUUUUGUGAGAGAAACGGGAAAAGAAGACCAGAAGAAGAAGAUCAAAACAGACAGCGGUCAGGUUAUCAGUAACAAGAAGAACAGGAAGAACUUUUAUGAGGAGUGGAAGAAAAAAUACAAGAUUGAUGAUACAGGAUCUGGAUCAGACGGAGAAACAGGCGGAGGAGGCAGGAAGCCAGCAAGAGGUCGUGGCCGUGGCCGACGAGGUCCAAACGUACAGAGCUCCGGUGACCACAAAGCACGCUCGGAGCUGAAAACAAAGGAUCAGAUCAUGAAGCAGCGCAAGAAAAAGCAGAAGCACCAGUUCCUGCAGGGCGGGGGGAUGAGCAAGCUCCGCUCCAAGAACAAAAAGUGGCUCGGAGAAGUGAAAAAGUCAGGUUUUGGAAGGGGUGGCCAUAAGAAAGGCAAGCUGAGGAAGAAGCUGUGAGGAGGACAGAGGGUUGAUGGUGUGGAGGACAUCACGAGGAAGUAAGCGUCAGAAUCAUCUGAGAACAUCACCAACGAUUUUCCUGGCGCUUUGUGUGACUGUAGAUUAAGGAGACAAUGAUUUGUGCAUCUUUACACUGCAGAAAUGCACGUCACUUCUUCCUUGAUGGCCUGCUGAACUCUGUGUUUGCCACAGAGUUAUGUUUAAUUAUGAUCCACUAACCUGGAUUUACUACUUGUAAGCAUGUUGGCAGUCUAAUAAAAGUGUUUUGGAGUACUGAAA